AUGUUUGGCAAGUUAUUCAAAAGUGUAGACCCCCAGGAGCAAGCAAAGUUGUGGCGGCGGAACCUCAAUUCGGAGAUGCGCAAGAUUGAUACCCAAAUUAGAAAGAUUCAACGGGAGGAGAUGAAAGUAAAGCAGGAGGCAAAGUCAGCUGCACGAAAGGGUGAUCCUGUUGCGGUACGUAUGCUUGCAAAGGAGAUUCUUCGGUCACGUCAUGCGGUGAAGCGUUUGUACGUUGCUCGCACUCAAAUGAACUCAGUGUCGAUGCAGCUGCAGCAGCAGGCGUCGCGGAUCAAGCUGGCGGGUAGCAUCAAGAAGAGCACAGCCAUCAUGGCAGAGAUGAACAGGCUGGUGCAUGUACAAGAGGUGCAGGCCACAAUGCGGGAAAUGAGCAAAGAGAUGAUGAAGGCGGGUUUGAUAGAAGAGGCGAUAAAUGACACCGUUGACAAUGUCGUAGACGAAGACAUCACUGAUGACGAAUUGGAUGACGAGGUGAACAAGGUGGUGGAGGAGGUCAUGCAGGACAAAAUGCAGGGCACAACAGUCGCCCAGGUCAGGCUGCCGCAAACGCAACAGGUGACAGCGGAAGAGAAUGCGGUUGAUGGGGACGAAGAUGAACUGUUGGAGAAGUUCAACGCUCUUCGCGGUAAUGCCGUGUGA